AUGGCGUCUUCCACCAGGUUCUUGAUCUUCGUUGUGGCGGCCAGCCUCGUGGCGAGCUUUGCGCGGGCGGACCUGCAGUACGAUUUCUACAACACGUCUUGCCCGGGGGUGGAGACGCUGGUGCGCGAUGCGCUCACGGAGGUCUUCGCCGCCGACUCCACCGUCCGCGCCGGCCUGCUCCGCCUCCACUUCCACGACUGCUUCAGCGAAGGGCCAGAUUAUCUGGUGGAGACCGGACGUCGGGACGGCAACGUCUCCAUGAUGGCGGAUGCCCUCAGCGACCUGCCACCGGCCGACGGCAACGUCACCGUUCUCACCAAGGUCUUCGCCGUCAAGAACCUCACCAUGAAGGACCUCGUCGUCCUCUCCGGCGCGCACACGCUCGGGGUGGCGCACUGCCCGUCGUUCUCCUACCGGGUGCACAACUACACCGGCGUCGGCGACGAGGACCCGUCGAUGGAGCCAGAGUACGCGGAGGGUCUGAACGCAACGUGCGCGCCGGACAACUUUGCGAGCGUGGUGCCUCUGGACACGGUCACCACCAACGAGUUCGACCUGGGCUACUUCCAGUCCGUGUACGCCGGCAAGGGGCUGCUCGGCUCCGACGACGCGCUGCGCCACGACAGUCUCACGGGGGCCUACGUCAGUCUCAUGAACAACGCGUCCUCCCUCGACACCUUCUUCGCCGACUUCGCCGUUUCCAUGAUCAACAUGGGCAGGGUUGGCGUCCUCACCGGGACCGACGGCGAGAUCAGAGCGACCUGCGGCAUCUACGUCGACUGA